UGAUGCAUUGUUUUAGCAUCGGAGAACUGUGGAGGCCAGGCGAUUCCUUUUCUGUACGGAGUACAUACAUAGUAUGAGUCUCUCAACACAUGGUAGUCGCUGCAUGUACCCCAUGGUACAGAAGCACGUCAAAAGAGACUCUGUGGCUUCAUGUGUUACAGUGUUAUGAGCAUCACAACUACAACUAUGCGAUUUUCUCAGUAUGACUGCCUGUCCGGAAUAGUUGUACUUGUAUGUGCAGUUGUGCAGUUGUGCAGUUGUGCAGUUGGAGAACAAUCAUUACCCCAUCCGGAACCGUUGGCUUCCUUAAUAACUUCCGAAACCUCUGAAAACUUUUUUCCUCCGAAUCAAGGCAGACUCGUAGAUUCCAUCCCGAGUCCGAGUCCACUCAUUAAUUUAGCUUCAUUCAAUCUGGUUAUCCUCAUUAUGCUUGGCUUAACCUUUUUGACGGAACGGGACGUUUGCUGGAGUCUGUGGAGCGUCAAAAACUUGAUUGCGCGUGUUUGUAGCUGUGUUGGUCUCGGAGCAUGCAGGAUUUGUACUCAGAGUAGGGACAGCAUUGCCUUUUCGGGAUGAUAUCAGAUUUUGACUCUUUUGAGUAAGAUAACCUAAAUCGUAGGGCAUCUCGGGCCCGG